AUGUAAAUUAUCUAUGGCUAAACUUUAAUAUUAAUUUCUGCUUCGGUGAUAGCUUGUGAUUUCAGCCUCUACCAACGCUAUAAUAUUCUCUCUAUUUACAUCAUCUUGUCAUAUACGGAGAUUAUCAUUUUCUCUUUUGGGCAUUAAAGUGCUCCAGUAACAUUAGUAAAACCACAUAACUUUACAUUAUUUUCUUAAGUUAAUUUAACAAGUGCUUCUGCUUAUGCAUUUGAAUUGAUAGGACAAUCUACAAUUCUGGCUAAUUUACCAUGUCUUAGUUUAUAAAUCAAAAAUAUGAAUAAAGUAUUUGACUUAUUUCAUGAUGUGUUCAUGAGUAUAUAGUGUUCUCUAAGCAUAAUUAAAUUAAAUCUCAUUAAAUAAGCCUUAGAUGCAUUAGAAAUUAUUCAUUAAUAAUUGGGGGGAUCUGCAGGAAUAUUAACUUAUGCUACACAAUUCAAACUUAAAUCAAUGCCUACUUUAGCUUCUGGCAGUUCUUUAAAAUUCAUCAUUUUGUUAUUAAAAUCCUAUACUUAUUUCCUAUUAAUCUGGCUGCUCCAUCUAGUUCUAAAUUUUGCAUCUCUAUUUAUCCAUCCAUAUUACUUAAACUAAUCUAGUUUUCUAGUAUUAGACAAGGCAUGA